UGUUUCUGUGGGAGGCUGCUGAGGUUGGCGAUGUGCACAGCCAGGAGCGGCGCAGCUUGCGAUGCUUUUCUCGUUUCCUUCACUUGGCGCGGGCGGAUUUAUGGGAGAAUGAGGGGAUGACAAGGAUACUGUAGCAGCGCCCAUUCGCUUUCCUCCUCCUCCUUCUUCUUUUUUCGCAGUUAUUACUAUUUUGUUCAUGAGGACAAUCGGGGUAGCCGUCAGAGAAUUUGUUUGGUGGCUCUUCUGAAAGGGAGGAAAACGGAAAAGCAGCUGUGGAGAUCUGCUUUUCUUUUGUAUAAUGCAGAUGGCUUUGCUUUGGGAUUACUAACUGGGACCGGACGAGGGUGUGUAGCAGAUUGGAUACUGGCUCGUUGGGCACGCACGCGUCGCUAAUCAUUUCAACAAGGAUUGUGCUGCUAAAUAAAAAAAGAGUCAUAUCAAAAAAGACGGGUAAACGACGGACACCGCCCCCUCCCCCAAGUCUGAGAAAUGGGGAACACCACGUCGUGCUGCGUCUCUUCGAGCCCCAAGCUGCGCAGAAAUGCCCAUUCCAGACUGGAAUCGUACCGGCCGGAGCCAGAGCUGAGCAGGGAGGACACUGGCUGCAACCUGCAGCACAUCAGCGAUCGGGAGAACAUUGAUGAUCUGAACAUGGAAUUUAACCCAUCGGAUCAUCCACGGGCAAGUACAAUAUUUCUCAGCAAAUCACAAACUGAUGUUGCAGUUCCACACAAAAAAGUAAGAGAAAAACGGAAGAGCCUAUACAUUAAUCAUCACCCACCAGGGCAAAUAAGAAGAAAAUACAGCUCCUGUUCAACUAUAUUCUUGGAUGACAGUACAGUCAGUCAACCUAACCUCAAAUACACCAUUAAAUGUGUAGCUCUUGCAAUAUAUUACCACAUCAAAAACAGGGAUGCCGACGGAAGAAUGUUGUUAGACAUUUUUGAUGAGAAACUUCAUCCUCUAUCGAAAUCAGAAGUGCCCUCAGACUAUGAUAAACACGAUCCCGAACAGAAACAGAUCUAUCGAUUUGUCCGAACACUCUUUAGUGCUGCUCAGUUGACUGCAGAAUGUGCCAUUGUUACAUUGGUGUAUCUUGAAAGACUACUAACUUAUGCAGAGAUAGACAUCUGCCCAGCAAACUGGAAGCGAAUAGUUUUAGGUGCAAUCUUACUGGCAUCUAAAGUAUGGGAUGACCAGGCAGUGUGGAAUGUGGACUAUUGCCAGAUCCUCAAAGAUAUAACAGUAGAAGAUAUGAAUGAACUUGAACGUCAAUUUCUUGAGAUGUUGCAAUUCAACAUUAAUGUCCCGUCUAGUGUUUAUGCAAAGUAUUACUUUGAUCUUCGAUCCUUGGCAGAAGCUAACAAUUUAAGCUUACCAUUGGAGCCCCUCAGUAGAGAUAAGGCACAGAAACUUGAGGCAAUUUCUCGGCUAUGUGAUGAUAAGUAUAAGGACUUAAGGAAAUCUGCAAAAAAACGGUCUGCCAGUGCAGAUAAUCUGACUGUGGUUAGAUGGUCUCCUGCCAUUAUACCAUAACGGUUUUGAGAGUCGAAAGUGGCUUUUGUUAAGAGGAACUUUUUUUGUCAUCCAUCCAGUUUUUGCCUGGGGGAAACAGACACCUUUUCGAGCUAGAUGCCUUUACAGUGCCUCCCAUCUUGUGCAGCACAGUGGAUUUUUUUAAAGAAAAGACUUAACUUGCAUCUUUUGUAAAGAGAAUUUCUGUUAUAAACAUUGAUUUUUAUUUUAUGUUCCCUGGAACUGCUAAAAAUUAUCUUUUUACUGUACAACAAACAAAAUUAAGGUAACAAAAUGUAGGAUGACCAUAAAACAAUGCAGCUGUGCCAUUUCAUUUCUGUCUGAACAUAUUUAUGAAGUGUGUUCUAUGAAUGGUUGAUGAAUCACACUCGGAAGUGGUGCCAGACUGGAACAUUAUAUGUUCUUCUGAUUAAUCAUUUCUCUCUGACAUGUUGAACCAUGCAUAUUGUUGUUAUGCCACUGCAUAUUUUGCAUCUUUUUCCAAGCACAAGCAUCACAAACAAUAUGUUCUACUGUUAACUGUUUAAUCUUCAGUUUUGGCAUUUCUUUGGAUAAGCUAAACAAAUCUCACAUGUUCACUUUUGAGUAUAGUAUUUGCUUUGGGACCAACGUUUCUUUUGCUGCCUCCCAUUUAUAGACUGAAGAGAGACAGGUUUUUUGUUUUUUUUUUUACUUUAUAUGUCCUCCGACACUAUAGUAGAGCAUACAGUAAUACUAAAUUGUAGAAAAUGCUAUUUUGUGGCCUAGUGAUAGCAAUUCCAGGUAUCCAUCUCAUGGGUCAAAAUUGAUAUCUCUGAGUUUGAGACUUGGGGAUGUACAAUAUGUCCUUUUCUGUGCAUAGUGCAGAAGUGCCUUUACCAACUUGACACUGGAAUAGCAUUAUUUUAGGAGGCAUGGUUUUAGGCAACAAAUGUCUGAGUACUAAGUUUGCCAUUAGACUUUGGAAUUCGGCCUAUUAAUGUUCUGCAAUUUUGUAUACUAAAUGAUUUUUUAAAUAUUAUUAUGGGUGAAGGCACUCAUUGGUCCCCUUUCCCCUACAGAUUUGCCUUCUUUCAAAAGGUAUUUCUAACCAUUAUGUAAAGAUUGACUUUACUUGUAUUAAAUGCUGGUUGUUAUUUGGGUCUACAGUAGAAGCACUGUAGAAACUUUUUUUUUUUUUUUUUUUUUGGAAAACCAUUUUUUUUCUCUGAAGGCUAACCUAGGCAGAUACUCAUGUUGGGCAUUAUUGAAUAACUGAGUUUUCCUCUACAAAAGCUUGAUUCUAUUGAUAGCUUUUUAAAAAUAUCAGGAGCAAAAAAAGCCAUAAUUUAACCUAUUCAGGGGUGGUAGGGGCUUAGCAAACAGUAAUGCUCCUAAAUAACAAAAAACAAUAAGAUAUACAAAUAUUACAUAUCUGUCUUUUUGCUUAAGAAGAAAAUAAGCAAAUGAUACAAUAUGAUUUAUUAUCCAUCUGUUCUCUAACUGUUCGUUUAAGGUCACUGGGAUUUUUUUAUGAUAAUUCAAUAACUGGUGUUAUCAACAGCAUUGAAAUGUUAAUUUUAAAAUUAUAUUUACAUAAUAGAAAUAUACAUUUUAAUUAUGUUUGUUAUAUUCAGAUAAUGAGAGGUGAUGUUCAAAUGAACUUUAGUCACUUUAGAAAUGCAGUAUGUAAUUUUGCUGAGUUCAGACAUCAUUACUGAAGCACUUUCCUUUUCUUUAAAUAUAUUUGACAGUUUGCAGAUUUCUAAUCAUGCUACAAAUAUUCAAAAAGCUAGGCCAUUAAAUUUGUACUUCGGACAGAAAAUAUUCUGAUUGAAGAAUGCAGUGUACAGUAGGAAUUUGAAAUCAAACACAUUUUACCUUACCAUAGGGUGCAGAAUAUUAUGUUUAGUGUUUUUCAAAUCAUUACAACCCAUCUUUCAUUUGCUAUUUGAUAAAGUUCAUUGUUCUUCUGCAAAUACAGUUUUGUUAAUUAAUUACAAGAUAUCAAGAAAACCAGUGAUUUUAAAAAAUGAAUAUGCACAUUCAGAUGACAGUUUAUUAUAAUAUACUCAUAUACCAUUUAACCUGAAACAUUCCAAAAAAAAGCUCAGUAAUUUUUUUUAAUGGCACAAUUUAAAAUGAAGUAAGUAAGUAGUUUCAGCAAGUACUGUUUCGUUUUAAAGAAUCAUAAGAUGUGGGCUCUUUCUUAAUCUAUAAUAUCAUUUAUUUACCUGUAAUGGUCCAUCUAAUUCAUAUUUGUCCUAAAAUAUAGUGAAAAAAGUAUAUAAGACUGUGUUAUUAUAUGUUGUCCUCAUUCAGUUCAUUGUUUAUAAUGUGUUUUAGAGGAAGAACAUGCAACUUUAGUAACUAUACAGACUCAAAAAUGGUUUUGUUUAGAAACUACACAUCUUUUUGAACAAGCAAGGCUUAAACUAUGAAGAGCAAAAAUUUUGAAAUAAUCAAGGACCUUAAGUUUACUCAUCAGUUGAAGGAUGAAUUGCCAUAAAUCUCUGUUUUGUCCUAAGAUCAGGCUUGA